UACAAUACAACACACAACCACCAAAUCUGAUGAUCCUCCCUCUUUCUCUCUCCAGACGCUUAGCUACUUCUUCUUUUCUUUAGAAGACCGUCUGGUAGAAGAAAAAUACUAAAAGAAGCCACACCAAUAUCUUCCUUUCCUUUUAAAUUCCGCUCUUUUUUUAAAAUUUUAAUUUUUUUGUGAUUUUGAGCUAGAAUUUGUUAAAACGAAUGGGAAGGAUAAUUAAAAUGCCGGUGGAGUUACCGGCGAUGGAGAUUGGAGCUAUGGUCGGCGACUGGUGGGAAGAGAUCAACGAGUCGACUCAAUGGCAAGACGGAAUUUUCUACGCUCUCUGUGGCGCUUACGCUCUUGUUUCCGCUGUUGCUUUGAUUCAAUUAAUAAGGAUUGAAUUGAGAGUGCCGGAGUACGGAUGGACGACGCAGAAAGUUUUUCAUCUCAUGAAUUUUAUCGUUAAUGGAGUGAGGGCGAUUGUAUUUGGAUUUCAUAAGCAAGUAUUUACUAUGAAUCCUCAGGCAUUGGUGUUGGUAUUAUUGGAUCUACCAGGGCUCCUGUUCUUUUCGACGUAUACUCUUCUUGUUCUAUUUUGGGCUGAGAUAUAUCAUCAGGCGAGAAGUUUGCCGACGGAUAAGCUUAGGGUUGUUUAUAUUUCAGUCAAUGUUGCAAUGUACUUCGUUCAGGUUUGCAUCUGGGUGUACCUUUGGGUAGACGACAACAGCAUUGUGGAAUUAAUUGGAAAGAUAUUUAUUGCAGUUGUGUCAAUCUUAGCUGCAUUAGGUUUCUUGGUGUAUGGGGGAAGAUUAUUUUUCAUGCUCAGACGCUUCCCUAUUGAAUCUAAAGGGAGAAGAAAGAAGCUUCAUGAGGUUGGAUCAGUCACAGCCAUAUGCUUCACUUGCUUCCUUAUACGAUGUUUUGUGGUCUUUCUAUCUGCAUUUGAUGCAGAUGCCUCACUUGAUGUUCUGGAUCAUCCAGUUUUGAACUUGAUCUAUUACAUGCUCGUCGAGAUUCUACCGUCAGCUCUAGUGCUCUUCAUCCUGCGGAAGUUGCCUCCAAAGAGAAUAUCAGCACAAUAUCACCCAAUUCGUUAGCCAGCAAUGCUUCUUUAAUCUUAACGCCCCGCCCCCCCCCCCCCCCAAAACAAUCAGUCCUGUCUGAUUCAACGGUAUGUAACUCUGGAGUUGUGCAUGCAAGCAGAGCCAGAAAAACAUUCCAGAAUCCAGAUGUCUAUUCUGGCGUGGCUCAUGAUGGCGGAGAUUCUUUUUAGAUGUAUAUUACUGAGUCAAUUGGAGCUUGUUGAAAGGGAGAUUUGAUUUCUUAAUGGGUUAAACGAUUGAGGCAUCGGUUGUUUGAUACUUUCAUAAGCAGUUUAUUUAAUUCAAAUCUGCUAAAAGAAAAUUUUCUAUAGUUUGAGGUAGUAGUUGUCAGUCAGUUUGUAGAGAAUUCAAUUUGAUGUUGUAUGCCAGCUGAACAAACCAUCGAGAUUAUUUAUCAAGUUUUUCCCCUCAUUUUUUCUC